CGAUCCAGGUGUUCGUGCGCCCCGUUGCCCCACCGCCCCGCUCCGCCCCGCCCCGCCGCCCCUCACCCCGGCGGCCGCGUGUGUGUGUGCCCCGGCCCCGCACCCCAGCACAACGGCGGGCCACAGGCAGCCUCCCCGCGCCCCCCGAGGCCCGGCGAACACCCAGCAGCAAGGGAAGAAACACAACACCCACAACACCACUGCAGCUGCCCCCACCCCUCCCACCCCUGCCCCUGCCCCCCCCACCACCAGGAGGAUGUUGGAGGGGUACCGGCUGCCCUCCCUGACCACGGUGGUGUGCGGGCUCUUCGUGGCGUACAUCCUGCAGUCGCUGUGGACCCUGGGGCAGCUGUUCGUGCACCCCAGCUGCCCCGCCCCCUCCGACUGCUACCAGCCGCUCAUUGCACAGAAACCCUCGCUGCAGCUCCUGGCCUACACCUCCCCGUACCGGUCACCCUCACGGCCCAACGAUCUCGAGCUGCUGCACCGCCUCAACCCCUUCCCUUAUGACGAGCCGAGGGAGGAUGUGCUGGAGGUGUCGCUGCCUCUGCAUGUCAGGAAAAACGGCUCCCUCUUCCUCCACCUCUUCCUCACCCCUCCACACAUUGACCCAGAGGGCUGGUACGAAUUGGAUCGCUGGGAGCAUUCCGUGUACUCCUUCGCCCCCCUCACCCAGUACCACGUUCCCGAGGCCUCGACGUUCAACCUGCUGGGGGAAGACAUGAACAAGGGGAAGGAUACCAAAAAGCAGGACAGCAGUAAACCCAAGACCAGCAGUAACAAGCAGGAGGAGAAGCAGAAGACCCAGAAGGCAGUGACCCAUUUCCAGUCCCAGGUGACCUUUAACAUCCUGACUGAUCCCGUCGGCCUCCCCAAACAUGACCUGCCCUACGACCUGGGUCACGCACUCAGACUGGACUCCCGUGGCCGCUACCUCCCCAUCCUGCACGUGGACAGCCUCAGCGCACGGAUCAGGGACUUGGUGGAAGUGACGCCCACCCUCAAGCGCACCAACCUCACCCUCAAGUAUGCUCCGGUCUCCUACGGCAAGCUGAGGCUAUGGAUGCAGUUCGAGGGAGCCCUGCGACCCAUGGCCUCCCUGGGGUUCAGCGCGAAGGAUCUGGACGAGGUGAAGGGCGUCUUCUCCGACACCAGCCUCUACUUCCUCUUCGUCACCUUCCUCGUCGCUGCCCUGCAUAUGUUGUUCGACUUCCUGGCGUUCAAGAAUGACAUCGCGUUCUGGCGUGGGAGGACCUCGAUGGCGGGUCUGUCGCCGUCGUACGUGGCGUGGCGGGCGAUCUCCCAGGCCAUCGUGUUCCUCUACCUGCUGGAGGAGAACACGAGCAUGCUGGUGCUGGUGCCGGCGGGGGUGGGCGGCAUCAUUGAGCUGUGGAAGGUGACCAAGGCCUUCCACAUCCGCCUGGAGGGGUGGCGUCUGAAGGUGGAGCACUCCAUCACCUCGGGGGAGAGUGCCACCCGGGCGCUGGACUCCCAGGGCAUUCGCUACCUCAGCUACCUCCUCUACCCUCUCCUGGUGUGCGGUGCUGUCUACUCCCUCCUCUACACCCCACACAGGAGCUGGUACUCCUGGCUAAUCAACUCCCUGGUGAAUGGAGUAUAUGCGUUCGGCUUCCUCUUCAUGUUGCCGCAGCUCUUCAUCAACUACAAGCUCAAGAGUGUGGCGCACCUCCCCUGGAAGACCUUCAUGUAUAAGGCCUUCAACACCUUCAUCGACGACCUGUUUGCCUUCGUCAUCACCAUGCCCACCGCCCACCGCGUCGCCUGCUUCCGCGAUGACGUGGUGUUCCUCAUCUACUUGUUCCAGCGAUGGCUGUACCCGGUGGACAAGAGCAGAGUCAACGAGUUCGGGGAGACGGGCGAGGAGGCGACGCAGAAGGAGAAGAAGGAAUAAACAGACCAACACUUUACUACAACACCAACACCAAUAACACCACCACCACCACCACCACCUCCAGCAGCUUGGACGACAAGGCAACAAUACUGAUGGCGGUGAUGAAGAUGUGUCCAGCUCCAGAGGUCAGGUCAGAUCAUUCCUCACUACACAAUAGGUCAGGGCUUGGCUGUGCGUGGGUGUGUGUGUAUUUACCUAGUUGUGAUUUACAGGAACGGAGCUAUGCUAUGUGUGUGUGUGUGUAUCAGUCAUUCCCAAGUGUGUCGAUCAUUCCGUACAGAUUCAGGAAAGAGUGAAAGAAAGAGAGGAGAAAAUUAGCUUGAUAUAGGAGAGGCUAUGCAGUGUUAAGUAGUUCUUGUAAUUAGCUUGAUAUCGGACUGGCUAUGCAAUGUUAAGUAGUUUUUUUGUAUAUUUAUCUUCCUUCGUCUUCCUGUUUUGAUUCUCGACCAGGCAAAUUUUUUUAGUUUCAUCGACUCAAUGUUAUAAAAAGGCUUCAAUCUUUUCCCCUAUGAAUGUCACAGUCUUUUGUAGCUGUGGCCUGUGACUCACUGUACCAUUGAUGAUUUAUGUAUGAUGAAGGAGGUUACUUAAGACAGAGACAAGGAAGGGAAAAGCAGAGUAUGAUGAAGGAGGUUAUUUGAGACAGAGACAAGGAAGGAAAAAGCAGAGUAUGAUGAAGGAGGUUAUUUGAGACAGAGACAAGGAAGGAGAAAGCAAGCAUGAUGAAGGAGGUUAUUUGAGACAGACAGGGAAGGGAAAACCAAGCAUGAUGAAGGAGGUUAUUUGAGACAGAGACAGGGAAGGAAAAAGCAAGCGUGAUGAAGGAGGUUAUUUGAGACAGAGACAGAGACAGGGAAGGAAAAAGCAAGCAUGAUGAAGGAGGUUAUUUGAGACAGAGACAGAGACAGGGAAGGAAAAAGCAAGCAUGAUGAAGGAGGUUAUUUGAGACAGAGACAAGGAAGGAGAAAGCAAGCAUGAUGAAGGAGGUUAUUUGAGACAGAGACAGGGAAGGAGAAAGCAAGCAUGAUGAAGGAGGUUAUUUGAGACAGAGACAAGGAGAGCAAAGCAACAGAAAUUAAAACCACAACUUGCAACUUCAACGCAAAAAGAAUACAGGUGCUGGAAGAAUCGUCACAUGGUUUGAUUAACAUUACACUUUUAUCACUAAUAUUCUCUCCCGUCAUUUAUUUGUAUAGGCAACUGAUGAUGGUGUGAAGGACAGUUUCCCGGACGGAGACUUGACCUCUUUAAAAAAUCCUCGUCUUUUGCGAUAAUAAUAAUAAUAAUGAUAAUAAUAAUAGCCUUUUUAGAACAUAACUCAUAAACACAAGCACUCAUUCCCCUACAAAGACUUAUUUCAGGCAGCACAGUCGGUAAAAGGAGUCUCGAAUGCCAUGGGUCAACUGAAUAGGAUUUGAGCGAAAUCUAGACUGGUGUUGUGUUGGAUAGGUGGAUAUCAACAGGGAAGAGAGAGAGGGAGGUUGUGAAAGGAAGAUAAGAUGAAAAUAUAAAGGAGUAGAUGGAUAGGAAAGGAAAGACGAAGAUGAUUGGUAGUGGAAGGAGGAUAAGAUGAAAAAAUAAAGAAGUGGAUGGCUAGAAAAAUAAAGGAAAUUGUUAGUGGAAGGAGAAUGGAAAAGAAGAGGGAAGAGAGGGAGAUGGUGGAAGGAGGAUGAAAAGGAAGAGGGAGAUAGUAGAAGGAGGAAAAGAUGAAAAAUAAAGAAGUAGAUGAAUAGAAAAGGAAAGAAAAAGGAGAUUGGUUGUGGAAGAAGGAUAAAAAGGAAGAGGGAGAUAGUAGAAGGAGGAAAAGAUGAAAAAUAAAGAAGUAGAUGAAUAGAAAAGGAAAGAAAAAGGAGAUUGUUAGUGGAAGAAGGAGGAAAAGGAAGAGGGAUGAUAAAGAGGGUGACAGUGGAAGAAAGAAAAGAUGAAAAAAUAAAGGAGUGAAAGGCUAGGAAAAGAAAAGGAAAUUGUUAGUGGAAGGAGGAUGAAAAUGAAGAGGAAAGACAGACAGUGGAUGAAGGAAAGAUGAAAAAUAAAGUAGCUGGAUAGAAGGGAAAGAAAAAAGAGGAUUGAUAAGUGGAAGGAGGAUAAAGAGAAAGAGGGAGAUAGUGGAAGGAGAAUAAGAUGAAAAAAAUAAAGGAGUAGAUAGAUGGAAAGUAGAAAUUGAGCAGAAAGAAAUAGAAAAGUAGUAGAUAGAA